AUGAAGAACAACAAGGACCAAAAUGUGGAGAUGAACAAGAGAGAAAGAGAAGAGGCAGAGGAAGAAGAGAGGAAGAUUGAUACGUUCUUUAAGCUUAUCAAAACUUAUCAAGAAGCACGAAAACGAAGAAGGGAAGAGUUAACUGGGAACUCCGGCGAGGCGAGGAAGAAAUGGAACGGCGGAGAGAGAUCAUGCGUUGUAGUCCCGGCAUUUCUUCCGGAAGAUUUCUCUCAGUGCCGUAUGGAUUUGAAGCCAGUGAUGGCUGUCUCGGAGCACAAGAAAGAUAAUGCCAAGCUGAAAGAAGAAGAAGAAGAAGAAGUAGAGAAGGUGGGACAAGAAGAGAAGGGUUUAGAUCUUAAUCUUGCAUUGUAGUACAUUAAUCUUUUUUUUCUCAUUUUCUUUUGGUUCCUAAUUUCUCACUUGAUUUGGGACUUGACUUAUAAAUAUUUCAAUUUAACUCAAU